AUGCUCGAACAUCUUUUUGCCCUUUGUGAAGGCUUGCACAUGUCAAACUCCUUUGAUGUUGCCAUCUGGGCAGUAGCACUAUGUGCCUUCUGGGGCUGCUGCCAUCUAGGAGAAUUGACUAUCCCUUCCUGGAAUGCCUUUGAUGAAUGGCUCCACAUUGCCAAAUCAGUCCAAAUCUCCUUCUGCAGACACUUUGGAGGUGCAGAGUCUGCACAGUUCCAUAUUCCUUGGGCCAAUAUGGAACAGCAGGAAGGUGUGGACCUCAUCUUUACCUCCAGGGAGAACCUAUGCCCAGUUGAAGCCCUUCGUGCUCAUCUGAAGUCCAACAAAGAUGUCCUGGACAAUGCUCCACUCUUCACUUUCAAGACCUCAGACUCAUCAUAG